AUUUUUUUUCCGUAGCGUUUUGUUUUCAAAAUACCAGGAGUGUGCUGUUGACACAUUCGUUAAGGUAAUUUAACGAACAACCGGGGUUGGCAACACUGCCGGGCAGCGAAUAGACAAGAUGUAAACAAAAACUAUCGAUUUUCACACACCUUCGUCGCACAAUUGUGCAAUUUAUGAUCACCGAAAUAUGAAUUAAAAGUUGAACGAGUGUAACUCACAAGCGCAUUACCGAAAAAGCAAGAAAAUGUCUAUCUUUCGCAAUAAGUUAAUUUUAGGUGGCAGUGUAAUCGGCACACUUUUAGGCGGAAUCGUUAUAUUGAAAGACCGUAUGCAGGGUGCUGCCUUCGAAAAGAAUGUACGAGCUGAUGGGAAGGUUAUCAUCGUCACCGGUGCAAAUACCGGCAUCGGCAAGGAAACGUCCCAUUACUUAGCUCGCCGCGGUGCUCAUGUGUACAUGGCGUGUCGGGAUAUGCAAAAAUGCGAAGAAGCUCGGGAGGAGAUUGUGCUGGACACGAGAAACCCUCAUGUUUACUGUCGCGAGUGUGACCUAGCCUCGAUGCAAUCGAUCCGACAGUUUGUGAAACAAUUCAAAGCGGAACAGCAGCGGUUGGACGUUCUCAUUAACAAUGCGGGAGUGAUGCGUUGCCCACGCACGCUCACCAAAGAAGGCAUCGAGCUGCAGCUUGGCGUUAAUCAUAUGGGACAUUUUUUGCUUACUAACUUGCUGCUGGAUACGCUAAAGCUGAGUGCACCCAGCCGUGUUGUGGUCGUGUCCAGCUUGGCCCACACACGCGGACAAAUAGCGCUGGACGAUUUGAACAGCACCAAGUCGUAUGAUGAGGCAAAGGCUUACGAACAAAGCAAACUUGCGAAUGUGCUGUUCAUGCGCGAGCUGGCCCGUCGCGUCGAAGGUACGGGUGUAACGGUGAACGCACUCCAUCCGGGCAUCGUCGAUACGGAGCUGAUGCGUCAUAUGGGCAUUUUUAAUAGCUGGUUUUCGGGCCUGUUUGUACGACCGUUUGUGUGGCCCUUCUUGAAAUCGCCCCUGUACGGCGCGCAAACAACAGUCUACGCGGCGCUCGAUCCGGAUCUGGAGAAGGUCAGCGGACAAUACUUCAGCGAUUGUGCACCGAAGGAUGUGGCCGAACAGGCAAAGGACGAUCGUGUUGCGAAGUGGUUGUGGGCGGUGAGCGAGAAGUGGACCGGCACGCUAACGGGAACGGCAGCUGUUUCCUGACAGCGGAUCCUUCGUAUGAAUAACAAUAAGGAUAUUGUUAUUUUUACGACAGAACAGCAGGCAACAGCAGCUCCACAAGCUCACCGAUCAACCCAAGUGACAUCGGGAUAGAUCGCACGGACGGAUUCGUAAAAGGGGAUCUAUUAUCUAAGCUAUAGUGAUAUCUAGUCGUCACUGUUCUGUUCGUUAGUUUGCUGGUUCUGUCUUUGUUUUCUAAUAAAAGAAAAGAAAAAAACAAUUAAAAUAGUAUUUAACCAGUAUGCUAGUGUAACUGUUUAAUCGAUAGCAUUCCUCAGCUUCGUGUUGA